UCGCCACACGCUGGACUCUGCCACCAAAACGCAGGCCCAGUGUCACGGCGAGGAGGUGGGCGGGCGAGGACUGACCAGGAGGCUCCGGACUGUCUUGCCAAUAACACCUGCCGCUCUCCUCGCCGUCUCGCUUUCAACUCCCGCCGCACACCUGUAUCUCUUCUCGCCGCCUCAGUUUUGUGAGGGAUGAUGGCGCUGGGAAGUCGGGUCGAGUCGCUACUGGUGGUGCUGGUGUUGGCCUUCAGGAGCGGCGUGGCUGACCUCUCCGUUGUUCAGCUGGCCUUGAAUCUUAAUGGCACACUGACGGUGACAGUGAUGCACGAGGAACCGGCCGACAUGGGCAGUGUGGAGGUUCAGGUAUGGAGGAACCCUGCCGUGGCGCGCCCCAGCCCAGAGGGGACAGUCGUCUACGAGGAAACCUUCAGUCUUCCGGACGUCGGUGCCACCACAGAGCUGACCCUGAGCAACGCCAGAGUCCAGGACGAGGAGCUGUGUGGAACCUACUUCGUGUGCGCCUCGGCCAGUGUUGGGGCCGCCCAGGAGAUAACGCUGCCCUCGCAGUACAAGUGCAUCGCCCAGCAGAUAAAUUGUACUGAAGCUGUGGAUCUGCAGUGGAUGGUGACGCCCACGGAAGGAGACCCAAUGCUGCGAGUUCAGGCAGACGGGAAGGUCAUGAACUCAGGGUUCAGCCUCAGCAUCAUCAACAAGGGCGACACAGCCAUGGCGAGCAGGUCAGCCCUCAACGCCCCGGAGGUUCAGGUCUACUUGGUGUACAUGAACUCUGGGGAAGGCCAAAUGGAGCCGCCCAUAACCAUGCAGGCCUUCAACUCCACCAGCGCCACGUCCAUAAUGGAGGGCGUGGAGCGCGAGAGGGUCAUGUACCUGCCCCAACUCAACAUGUGGAAGCAGAAGUGGGUGAGGCUGAAGGGGUGGGAGCUGCUGAUGACGAUGACGGGCGGCAGCUCGAAGGCCCUGGGGAAAGACGAGGAGAUGCAGGUUGACGUGAUGCAGUUGUCGGCGCCGCAAACGUCCGUCAGGCGGGUGGGCAAGCUGGCCUUCGUUAUCGACCCCUUCAACAAGACCAACGACGCCAACCGCACCAACAACGUCCUUUUUGCCACGAUAAACCUCCGGAGCUCGGCGAUGGGUCAGCUCGGGGCGGAGUGCGAGGUGGUGCCUGACGUGGCCAUGGCCGGCAAGGAGGCGCUGGUGCAGAUCAACGACGGGGCGCGGCCGGCUGUGCACAGGUUCAGGACGGCCCCCGGCGGCGUGGAGUUCUCUGCCGUGAAUGAACCGACGGUGAAGGAGAGAGCUGAGUUCGCCAUGGCCAGCGAGCGUGCAGUGAGGCUCGUCGAACUCAACCUUUGCCCCAGCGGUCUCAGGGACGCCGCCACUAACGACUCUUUGUUGGUGAAGGUCAGGGAGACAGCUGGCGCCCUCUCAGAGUCCCUGGCCAUGCUUCAGCCGGCUCUCAGUGAGGUGCACGAGCGGAUGAGUGCGUUGGUGCGUAUAGUGCAUAACGUGACCGACGAGGCAGCUCGGAGACACGGGCCCGUACGGUGGCUGCUGCUCCGUGCGCUGCCCCACCUCCUCUACUGGGAGAUGGGGUACGCGCACAACCACCCUUGCCUGCAAGCCCUCGACCCCUUCAUGCAUAAAGACGAAGAUGAUGAUAUGAGAGAUGACGAUCAUGACGAAGAUGAUGACGAGUGGAAUCGAGAGGACGGUGGUAAUAGUGGAGGUGGUGGUGGUAUUGUGUUUCCUGAUGUUGAUAUUUUAGACGAAGAAUUCAUCGCUAACCCCUAUCGAGAUCGCCUAACGAUGGAAUACCCCUAUGGUCCGGAGGGUUACUACGGGCCGGAAGUUGGAAAAGGUUACAUACACAAGCAGCCACGGCGAACCAGACCACAGGCACACUCCAACCCAGAUGAAACCUUCAGAGGGUUUCCCGUCCUAAGCAUCGCCAACAAGCUCCGCCGCGGGGUGCCAGCGAGGGACAUCGAGGAGCUGAGCGUUUUACCGAGCUCCAUGAUGAACGACCUGGAACUAGCGGUCAAGCUCAUCGCCACCGGCCAGACGCGUUUGUUCACGGAGCUGAUGGGAUACAAUGGAAUGGCCGACGCCUUCUUUCAGCUUUGGAUGAGCGUCCAGAGCGACAUGGGCACGGGCAGGAUGAUCGACAUGGAGGUUGCCGUGAACAGACUGUUGACUUACCUCGACACAUCAACCGCAGAAUUUCAACGGAACGCCACCAUGUACGCCUUCCCGAACAUGACCUUAGGGGACGCCCUCGCCCUCGCCAAAGGAUACCUCGGCGUCAUCAAGAACAAUUCAGCGGCCCUCACCGACGUGCUCGAGAUGAUUACAGCGCUGUGGGUUGCCCCGGAGAAGUUAUGCUGCUUGGUUAAAGAACCCGAACGAGCCCCGAGCCGGAACAUGGUUUGUCUGAGAUCUGCUCAAGAGGAAGUGAGACUUAUGACCGAGAACUCCACGGCACCUGAGGACGACGGCUUCUUCCGGAAUGUGUUCGAGGAUGCCAUGAAGAUGAGGAGGAGCCAGGCCGACCCCGUGUUCUGGAGGAUAAAGGCCGGCGGAGUGUAUUCCAUCGAAAGGUGUCCGCUGUCUGGGACCUACGUGUGGGACCAAGUGGCUGUCUGCUCCUGCUCGAGGGACAACCCACCACCAGACCGGCGGGGCUCUGACGAAGAUAGAAGACGUGGCUCUGAGGACCCUUCAGGGCAGCCAAUGAGGGGAGGAGGCAAUGGAAGGAGAGGAAGAGGAAGAGGGAGUGGAAGAGGGAGAGGAAGAGGGAGAGGAAGAGGGAGAGGGAAUGGAAGGGGUAAUGGAGGUGAUGGAUCUGGCGACGGUGGAACAACUGGAGAUGAUGAUACUGAAACUGUUGAAUUCGAAGAUGAAGUUGGACAAGGGACUACGAUCACUGAUGAAGACGAGGAUCGCGAGCCAUUGCUGCCGUCUGGACCACCCGAAGACCUACCCAACACCGCUCCUUUGCAUAACGAGUACGAACGAGUGGACAAGAAGGCGGUAAAGCCCAAUCGUCUAUACAGCGCCGGGCUCAAGAACGCCACCGUGGAAAUAAGAGGAGAGACCCUGGUGGUGUCGGGGUGGGUGCAGGUAACCAAGUGGGCCAAGCAGAGGGGCCAGAUGGUGAUGACGAACAGCUCCGUGUGUAACGACGGGGUGUGGGGCGCCAGUGAAGCCGAGGUGGCCUGCCGCAUGGUGUUCGGGGAGGUGGUGGCGGGGGCCUCGUCGUACAACAUCACUCUCGAGAAUAUGGGUGAGCACGUGCCUGAACCUCACUUGAUACGAGUGUCCUGCCGCGGCUCCGAGCCCAACCUGCACAUGUGCCGGCACUUCUGGAGCAGAGAGCCCUGCGAGGCCGAAGAGGUGGCCGGGGCGAGCUGCGAGUUGCCGCUGACUGACCCACGGGGGCGAGACGGGAAAUUCCAGUAGCUGUGUCAGUCAUCGAUGGUGUAGUUUUUUUUCUGAAUAACCUCUCGAACUCAUCGUAAACUAUCGUUGGUUCAAUGGCUGAAAAGUGUACUAUAGAAGACAAAAAUAGUUAUGAUAGAGAUGUCAGGGGAUGGGUACCGAGUGCCAGUCGGGGGUUGUGUCCCUCCUCCAUCACUUCUGAGCUCCGGUUUGAGUCGCGGAGGGUACUGGCGAUCGCAAGU